UUAGCGGAAACCACGUGAUUAGGGUCCCACACAUGCUUCCUUUGGCAGCUGGCAUGGUUUCUAUUCGCUAAUGUCUGUUUAUUUUUCUCAAUAAUUAUCCUUUUUCCAUUUUUAAAAUGUCAGGCAAACGGGAACUAAAAAUUAACACAAAGUUUGCUCAGAAAUAUGACAAAUACCGACAGAAAGAAGAGCUGCAGAAACUUAAGGACAGAUUUGGGGACAAAAACGACGGGAGAGACUCGGACUCUUCGGGGUCCAGCUCAGACAACAGUGAAGUGGAGCUGGAUCCCACCGUCGAGAGGGACUUCUACAGGAUCCUGUCGCUGCUGAAAAAAAAAGACCCGAAGAUCUACGAGAAAGACGCCAAGUUCUACUCUGAAGACACUUCUCACAGCGAUGAGAAGCCUUCAACCUCGAAGAAAGCUGCAGUGAAACCCAUGUUCCUCAAGGACUAUGAGCGGGCAGUCAUCCUGGAGAAGGAGGGGAAAUACGAAGAUGAUGAUGACAGCGAUGAAGAGGAAGCUGCAGAGAGAAGACAGAGAGCGGCUUCUCCCAGCUACAUCCAGGAGCAGCGGGAGCUGAAAGCCAGCUUCCGCAAGUUUGUUGAGGACAGCGACGAUGAGGAUGACGAUGAGGAAGGAGGAACGUCGACGCUGCUGACAAGGAGGAUGAAGACGCAGGAGGAGAAGGAUGAAGAGGAGGCGGACUUUGUGGAUUGGCUGAAAGGCCAGGCAGAGCUGGAGGGGGGAGAGGAGGUGAAGGACAUGAAGUACUUAAGAGACUACUGGAACAACCCGCAGCUGGAGGAGAAGGAGCGCUUCCUCAGAGACUAUGUGCUUAACAAGGGCUACCUGAACGAAGAGGAUGAUGAUGAAGAGCGGAUCCCGACCUACGAUGAGGUGGUUCAGGAGGACGUGGACGACUCUGAGGAGGAGGGCGAGUCUUUUCUGGAACGCCAGGAAGACUUUGAGAGAAGCUACAACUUCCGCUUCGAAGAGCCCGACUCGGAACGCGUGAAGACCUAUCCUCGGAACAUCGCCACGUCCGUGCGCUCCAAGGACGACUCCAGGAAGCGCAAGAGAGAGGAAGUGAAAGAGAGGAAGCAAAAGGAGAAGGAGCAGAAGCGCGAGCAGCUGAAGCAGCUGAAGAACCUGAAGAGGAACGAGAUCAUGGAGAAGCUGAAGCAGCUGCAGGAGCUGACGGGAAACGAGCAGCUGGCUUUCAGCCAGGAGGACCUGGAGGGAGACUUUGAUCCGAAGCAUCACGAUCGGCUCAUGCAGAAAUUCUUUGGCGAUGAAUACUACGGCGAGGAGGAAGAAGAGAAGCCGCAGUUUGAGGAUGAUGAUGAAAUGGAAGAUCGCUGGAAUUGGGACACUUGGACUGGAGAAGACCAAGAAGAGGACUAUGCAGAGGAAGACUACAACGGGGAGGCGUCUGGACCUCACUGUGAUGACGAAGACUUCAUUAUGGAUGCAGACUAUGACCCCAGCCAACACUCUGCAUCCAAGAAGAUUAAGAAGAAGGAGAGGAAGAAGAAGAUGAAGAAGGAGGAUCUGCCAUUGAUGGGCAAAAAGAGGAAGAAGUCCCACUUUGCAGAUGUGGUGACUCAGAAGAAGCCGGUGUUUGAUCCCAAGGAGAAGACCUUUGAGCAGUACCUGGAUGAGUACUACAAACUGGACUACGAGGACAUCAUCGACGAUCUUCCCUGCAGGUUUCGCUACAGACAGGUGGUCCCCAACGACUUUGGUCUGACCACAGAGGAGAUUUUAAGCGCAAACGACAAAGAGCUGAACCGCUGGUGCUCCCUGAAGAAGACCUGCAUGUUCAGGUCGGAAAAGGAGGAAUUGAGCGACUUGAAAAAUUAUAAAAUCAAAGCAGGAAAUGAAAGAAAGAAGAAGGAAAUCCUGAGUUCAGUUUAUACAGAACAAGAUGAAGAUGCGGAGGACGCCAAGACGAAGGUGGGGAAGAAGCGAAGAGAUCGCCUGAUGAACGCAGAACACGGAAAUGCAGAAGACGACUCUGCUAAGGAGGCGUUGGAGAGCCUUCAGCAGGAAGAGGACGGCGCAGAGGAGGAGGAGGAGGAGAUCCUCAUACCUAAGAAAAAGAUAAAGACGGAAGCACAAGAGGAGGCGGAUCAACCGACCCAAGCGAGAAACAGAACUGACAGGCCAAAAUGGUCCGGGAAGAAGCAGAAGCGCUCAGGCCGCCGCCUCCUGUCUGCAGGCGUGGGGGUGAGGAUCGGCGGGCGGGAGUUCAGUCGGCAGCGGCUGAAGGCUUACGGCCUGAACCCCAAAAGACUGUACUUCAGACAGCUGGGCCGGCAGAGACGGAAAACCCAGGAGAAGAAACUGAAGCAGAAACACAAAGAGUGAACUCAGACGUCUGCGCACAUCCAGCUUUUAGAAACAUCCGCUUCAUGUUUUUGUUUUGCUGUUUUUUCCCUUUGGAGUUUUAACUCAAUGAAACUGUUGUGUCAUAAAGACAAAAUGAUCAUAUACCUCUGAUAAAACGGAACAAGAAAAACGUUUGUUUCCUUCACUUCUUCCUGUUGUGGAAACGCAAACAUCUGCAGAGUUCAAACCACAACGAUUUAGUCUUUACCUCUGGAAACACGGGAAACUUUCUGACACCACUAUGCAGCUAAAAAUAACCCCCGCCUGCCUUAUGUGGGUGAUUUUAUUUUUAUUUUUUUCCACGUUUUUCAAGAAUAUAAAAAGGAAACCACAUCAAAA